AUGGAUCCAGGGGACGAGUCGUAUUAUAUGAAGGGACCAAAGUCCCUCGGCAUAGUCAUCAAACUUGGGACCAGUUCAAUUGUAGAUGAAAAGACUCACCAGCCUCUUCUCUCCAACCUGUCCCUAAUAGUCGAGACUGCCUAUAAAUUGAGAGCAGAUGGCCACCGCGUCGUCAUCGUCUCGUCCGGCGCCAUUGGCGUCGGCAUGAGGCGCAUGGAGAGGGAGAAGAGACCAAAACAUGUUGCACAGCUCCAGGCCCUGGCUGCCAUCGGCCAGUGCCGUCUCAUGAACAUAUGGGACAGCCUCUUCCAGCACCUGAAGCAGCCAGUUGCACAGAUUCUCCUCACCCGGAACGACAUAGCAGAUCGAUCAAGGUAUUUGAAUGCGCAAAACACUUUCAACGAGUUGUUGGACCUGGGCGUCAUUCCCAUCGUGAAUGAGAACGACACCCUGGCAGUCUCAGAAAUCAAGUUUGGAGACAACGACACGCUGUCCGCCAUCACCGCAGGCAUGGUCCACGCCGACCUCCUGUUCCUCAUGACCGAUGUCGACUGUCUGUACGACAAGAACCCUCGCACACACCCAGACGCCCAGCCCAUCGAAGUAGUAGAGGACAUAGCAUCCAUCCAUGCCGAUACCUCCUCAGCAGGCUCAUCCCUAGGGACGGGGGGCAUGUCCACCAAACUCGUCGCCGCACGUCUAGCGACCUCGGCUGGCGUGACAACCGUCAUCACACGAGCCUCUAACCCUGGCAACAUCAUCAAGAUCGCACAGCACAUCCAGGCCAUCAAGUCGCCAGGGUCAAACCACUCCCACACGAACGGGGACGACCACCACGCCGAAGACCCCCUGGCACAGUCCAGGGCGUCCCUGCAGAGCAUUGAGCUCAACUGGCCCGACGUACCCCUGCACACACGCUUCCUGCCGUCGCCAUCGCCCUACCGGGACCGGUCCUUCUGGCUGCUUCACGGGCUGAAGCCCCACGGGGACGUGUACAUCGACGCGGGGUGCUACCGGGCGCUGCUGGACAAGGCGGGCCUGCUGCCCGCGGGGAUCGUCGACGUGGACGGGCACUUCGGGCAGCACGAGUCGGUACGGCUGCUCGUGGUCGAGCGGGUGGAGGCGGCGGACGGCGGCGAGGGCGGCAGGCUGUGGCGCGGCGAGCCGCUCGACGUCGGCCGCGCCCUCGUCAACUACUCGUCCACGCAGGUCGCCCUCAUCAAGGGCCACCAGAGCAAGGAGAUUGAGGGCCUGCUGGGCUACGCCGAUAGCGGCUAUGUUGCGGAGCGCGAGCAUAUCACCUUUUUCAUGAGCAGUAGGCCGCAGACGCCGAUUCCCACGUCAUAG